AUGGCCAUCCUCUUCGCCCAGCUGCUGCUAUUCCUUCUGCCGUUCGUCGCAGCCCUGCCCUCCAGCCCCGUCAAGAAGGCCGGCCCUAUCCCCCCGAACGAAGACCCCUGGUAUACCCCCCCAGAUGGCUGGGAGUCGGAGGCCCCCGGUGCCAUCCUACGACACCGCGCUCCCCCCUCGCCCAUUGCAGCAUUCGGCCUGGCUGAGGUGAACCUCGACUCGACGCACCAGAUCCUCUACCGUACAACCGACUCCUUUGGCGAGCCCAUCACCACCGUAACCACCGUCCUGGUCCCCCACAACGCCGACUACACCAAGGUCCUCUCCUACCAGGUCGCCCAGGAUGCCGCAGACCGGACGUGCUCGCCGUCCUUCGGCCUCCAGCAAUUCGCCGACGCCGGCGAGGCCCUCGCCCUCAUCAUGCCCCAGGCCGAAUACCUGUUCAUGAGCGCCGCCCUGAACAAGGGCUACGUCGUCCUCGUCCCCGACCACCUAGGCCCCAAGUCUGCCUUCCUCGCAAACACCCUCACCGGCCAGGCCGUCCUCGACAACGUGCGCGCAGCCCUCGCCUCAACCGACUUCACGGGAGUCUCCUCCACCGCCAACGUCGUCCUCUGGGGCUACUCCGGCGGCAGUCUGGCCAGCGGCUUCGCAGCGGAACUCCAACCAAGCUACGCCCCAGAACUCAAACUCGCCGGUGCUGCCCUCGGCGGCACAGUGCCCAAGAUCCCACCUGUAAUCGAACUCUCGAACAAGGGGCUCUUCGCGGGCCUGAUCCCCGCGGGCGUGCAGGGGCUGGCGAACGAGUACCCCUCGGCCGUCAAGCUCAUCGCCGAGAACAUCCUGCCCGAAAAAUGGGCCGAGUUCAAUAAGACUCAGAACCUUUGUCUUACGGGGAACAUCAUCGAGUAUCUCAACAAAGACGUGUACAGCUUCAUGAGGGACCCAGAUGUAUUCAACACCAAGCCCGCGCAGGACCUCAUGAACGCCAACGCAAUGGGCCAGCACACUCCCGAGAUCCCGCUCAUGAUCUACAAGUCUGCCAACGACGAGGUGAGUCCCGUCGAGGACACGGACGACCUUUAUGACAGCUACUGCGCGAGCGGGGUGAGCGUGGAGUAUGCGCGCGAUCUGCUGUCCGAGCAUGCCAUCCUGGCCGUUACGGGUUCGGCGGAUGCAUUCCUGUGGGUGGUUGAUCGCCUUGAUGGGGUUCCUGUUAAGAAGGAGUGUUCGAAGAAGACGCAGCUUUCGGGAUUGCAGGAUCCGAAGGUGCUCGCGGCGCUGGGGACGAAUGUUGUUCAGUUCUUGCUUGGGUUUUUGGCUUUGCCUGUUGGGCCGCCGGGACGGUGA